AUUCAGGAAGACUCCUACGCUUUCCCAAAAAUCGCAUCUUUCAUCUUCCUCUCGCGGAUACAGCAAUGGCGGACAAACCCAGCCGAGCUCUGGUUCUGUACGGAGAUGGGUCGGCCCGGUUCGUCGACCCGUCACAUACCCAUCUCCACUCUCUAGCUUCCAAAGCUUCCUGUGGAUUCUUGAGCCUCCCCAUUGCCUCUCCCUCAGAAAGCGAGGGUGAGAGAAUAGUUAGAGAGUUUGCAGUGCUGUUGGAUGCGUAUGAAGAAGAAAGAGGGAAGAAAUCCGUGAUUCCCAUAUCAGAAAGGUUCAUGGGGAUGAAAGCUGCUAUAUUUACAAACAAUUCAAGUUUGAAAUCUUUUGGUACCAAACUUGGUCUCAGUGUGUUCCAAAUUGACGGUUUUCUUAAAAACAGUCCAGCCGGUGCUGAACAGCCAGUUGAUUUCGGGGCAUCUGAAUUACUUCAGCUGCUUGGAUUUCAAGAAGGGAAGGCAGCAGAGUCGAGUCAGUAUGAUUUGGUUUUUGUUCAUGUUGGGGCUGGUGAGGUGGAAUAUCUCAAUGCUUUGGUUGGUGGUAUAUCACAAAUAGACCAGCCUGGAUCUGAGGUCAGUUCCCGCUUGCACUUGUCUGUUGUGUUGAGCUAUGGGAAGGUCUCAGAAAACGAAGAUACCAACUUGUCAGUCUCGAUUAGAAGAGAUGAUGAAAACUCUAAUCUUUCGAAGCUCGUUCCUCGUCAAAGUUACACCGUGAAAGGAGAGAAUCCUCGGGAGGAUGUUAGGGACCAUUGCCCGAUGUUAAUUGCUCAGCGGCAAUAUGCCGUGACCCGCAAGGACAUGGCCGAGACAUUCUCGUUUAAAGACUUCAAGGAGCGUGGUGGAAAUCUUGUAAUACCGGCAGAUAGGUUUCUGCACGAAGUGGCCUUUAAGCUCUGGAAGGCCCCCAAGUACGGAGCAUGAGAUGAAGAGCAGAGAAGGCAUACCAGACGGUGCAUGAGUUCCUUCACAUAAGCACGGAAGAUAAACCGGAGGGUCAGAGCUUGCCGUUGCUCGUCUCAAAUGCUGCCCCGGUGUUUUUCAAAGCAACUCUUAACUGCGCCUUGCCUUACCGGACUCUACGUGUAAUAAGACCAGUCUGUAUGUGACCUAAAACUGGAUGAUGUUUCGAUCGCCCCACAGCCAAAAGGGGCACGAUGAUGUAUGUGACGUAAAAUUAGAGAAUUUUAUUGCUUUGAA